GUCAACAGUUUGGAGAGAAUUUUGCUGAGCAAGUUGGCUAAUCUGUUGACAUGUUGUUUAUAGCUGGCUACCUGACUAAUAACGCAUCCGGUUUGAUUAACAGACAUUUGAAGGUAACCGUCAGCCCCUUGAGUACUGAGGUUUAUUAACCCCACAAUAAUGCAAGAAAAAUGCAUGUUAAUUAUGUUCAUUUGCAUAGUUAGAGUAAAGUCCGGCCUUAAGUUUUCAUUCAUGAGCUUUAGAAAUCUAACCACAAACUACAGAGGUAACAUCCACAACCACAACUAAUUUGAAAAACUGAGGACUCCCCCCAUCAAAAUGUUUAGACAAUCCAAAAACAUUUGUGGACUGUAGUUCUCCCCUACUCGGUUGAAUCCUUUCUUAACCCCAGCUGCUGCCAGAUGUUGGCCAUUGUGCUUGAGGAACGUGGACUGGCUCAGGCUGCAUGACGCUCUGCCACAGAUCUGAGACACAGCCCCUUAUAACUCAACACUGCGCCGAAAAGAGAACGAGCCUGCAGCGUGGAGCCGCUGCCUGUCUUUGAACUGUUAGAGUGUGUAUUUGUGCACAGAAGUAAAAAUGAGGAAACCUCGGAUAAAUUCCCAGAUGGUGGCUCAGCAGGUGGCCCAGCAGUACGCCACCCCUCCUCCCCCAAAGAAAGAGAAGAAGGAAAAGCCAGAGAGGCCUGAGAAGGAUCGGGCUGAGGGGGAGGGUCUCGACAGAAAACCACCCGACAGCGAACCCACAGACAAGGACAAGAGCGAAAAGGAGCAGCCCGACAAAGAGAAAAAGGAUCGAGAGAAAGAGAUCACCCCAGCUAUAACCAAGAAACCCAACAGCAAAAAGAACAGACCCAAGUCAGACAUCCAUCAAAGCCCACCCAGUGAAAGAAACAGCAUUCAAUCUGGCAAAUCCACAACCAAAACCAAGAACUCUCACAUCUCCAGGCCCAAGCUGAAAAACAUUGACAGGAGCACAGCCCAGCAGCUGGCCAUCACGGUGGGGAAUGUCACAGUGAUCAUAACAGACUUUAAGGAGAAGACCCGCACCUCCUCCACCUCCUCGUCCACAGUCACCUCCAGCGCAGGCUCUGAACAGCAGCAUCAGAGCUCUGGCUCCGAGAGCAUGGACAAGGGCUCAUCCCGUGCUUCAACACCAAAGGGAGACCUCUUGGUCGGGCACGAUGAGUCAUUCUGAGCAGCCCGGACACUGUCGAAACAGUGGGAACCCCAAGGGAUGUACUUUUUCUCCAUUCUCCUUCACUUUACCCUGAGCUGACUCAUCUUCAUUUCUGUCACUGAAAAAUGGAUGUACAUUCAUCCCUCUAUACACACUCAGAUACACAUGCAUUUUUUGUGAAUGGUGCAAACAACACUGGACAAUGGAUUUGGGCCUUUUGGGCAAAAUUUUCCUCCCUACCCUUCCUGGAGGCAUCCCACUCUUGUAUGUAUUGUUUUAUAUUUGUAAGUGGAUGUGCAACUGAAUCAAAUUUUUUUUUUUUUUUUUUUUUGAUUGUUAAAAAAUAUAUAUGUAAAUGUCCGCUGUGCACAAAACCCACCAACAUUUUAAUGAUUCCGUACCAUUAUUGCUCUUAUUUAUUAUGUUGCAUCUUUCUACUUGGAGUUCUUUUUUUUUUAAGCUUUGCUCAGCUUAAGUAGCUCAAGCCGACAGCUUCCCUCUAGUGUUCAAUGAUUUGAUGGAAUCUCCUGAGAAACUUCUCAUAAUGGUGCUAGAUAUACUGUGAAAUGGUUUCAGUCCUCAGACUGGCAUUCACACCAUGGAAAAACAGAAUUCAGUGGAAAUAUUUAUGCUCUGGUGUCAGUCUGCAUUCUUCUUUUGCUUUGAUUUGGGAUUUUUCCAUUUUGCAAGACUGAUUUGAACAUUUGUGCACUGGGGUCCCAAGAUCCUGUGUCAUCUGAGGAUACUUUUCCCAACUAAAUAAAUGGAAUGGUGUUUUGCAUCUUUUCUGUAUAGAGAAGACAACUGGGAAUUACAGACUACAAGAAGACAUUGUGAGCUUUGGAUUUGAAAAUGCAGAGUUGUUCUCAAGAAACAGCAUCAAUAACAGAACUUUAAUGUGUUAACAUCAGGUUUUGCAGAUGUAUUCAGAACUUUUUUUAUUUGACAGCUUUUGUUGUCUUUUAUGGUAUAUACAUGUGACGUAUUGUAAAAACACUAAAAAGUUUUGACGUCUCAAGUCCAUAUGCCUUUUAAUGUUGAAAAACUACAUUUUUGAGUUCUGUAGAUUGUUUUUCUGAUUUAAAAGAAACCGAUUUUAAUGUUAGGAACUUACUCAACUUGUUUAAUCUGAACACAAACGUGUAAUUUUUCCACUACUCAAAUUCCAUUGAUGGGCCAUGUGGUAUUUAUAAAACAGUACAACCGCUAGAAAUAGAAGACAUUAAAGAAAUUGAUGUGACUUGUGAAUGUGCUUGAGAAAACUUGACUCACUCACUAAAUGCAAGGGAAUUCUUGCCAGCAAAGUGUUCAGUACUAACAUUUUUCUAUUUGUUUAUUUUAAUUUCACAUAAAAGAGUCAAAAGCAUGAUUUCAGACAAUAACCCCCCUCCCCAUCAAUUCAAAAUACUCUUAAAAAAAGAUGUCUAGCUGGCAGUCCCACAAAAAUAAAGGUCAGCAUAUCUUCCCUUUAGAACUGUAUUAAACUUGUACAAAGUAUGUGUAUAUGAUAUGAGUUUUAUUUAUUGAAGGACCAAAGGAAUUUGAUAUUGAUGACAUGCUAGGCAAUUGAAUAAUUCAAAAUGUAAUUACCAUAUGUGUGAUAUAACAUUUUAAUAAAGUCUAAUAUAAUCCA